UGAGCGUGUACUCAGAAAGGUUCCGUGGCGGGGGCGAAGCACUCCUACGUUUGGAAUACUGGGACGAUACACGAGCUAUGGUAUGAUAUAAGGAGAAGAUCGGCUUUAUCACUCCCAAUCUUCUGGUUCAGACAACCUUGCCUUGUUACACUGAAGCAGUGGUCUCAGUCACUCUCUAUCUGAUACCCCUAGUCGAUUCUUGGUACACACUCUGUCGCAAACAUGAUUAUCCACGCACCCUCAGUUCCCACCAUCAUUGGAGUGCUAAGCUUUCUGCUCUUCCUCAACGUGGCAGGCGUAUUUUUACGCUUUUACGCUCGACGAGGCCUAGGUCAGAGACUACAGGUCGAUGACUGGCUUAUGAUUCCAGCCAUAAUUGGUACCUUUGGUUGCGCCGCAUGUUUGUUCCACGGUAUGCAAGACACCCUUCGUUCUUUUCACAGUGCUCACAUGAGAUAGGCAUUCGAAGAGGAUCGAUGGGUUAUCGAUUUAUGCCCAUCGUAGACCCUUCAGCAGAUGCUUCUACGCUGGAGUCUCGGUCGGACCCCUACGCAAGAGAUUGGGUAAUUGUAGAAACUCGCUUGCUGGAGUCGUCUUUCUUCAACAUUCUGCAACCAACCCUUGGCCUCAUCAAGUUGGCUGUCGUACUCUUCUAUCGACGUCUCUUCGUCGUCCAGAAGCGCUUCGGGGACGCUCGAAACCUGGUCAUCUCAGGAAUGGCAACCCUUGUCGUUCUAUGGACGCUUGGAUAUACAUUUGCCAAGCUCUUCCAAUGCGGCAGUCACUCGUUUGAACGCAGGCCGUUCUACGACUUCGACUAUUCCACAGCAGUUUGUGUGGACACGCUCAUGCUGGGAUACUCCUUUGCCAUCACAGAUUUCCUCAUGGAUUGUUUGAUCGCUCUAAUCCCGAUUCCUUUGAUCUGGAAGCUUCAUCUACCAAUCGGCCAGCGCCUAGCGGUCAUGGCUAUAUUUGCAGUAGGAUCAAUAUCAAUUGCUGCGUCUGGAGUACGACUGGCCGUAUCUGUCUGGAUCCAACAUGUCGGCGUUGACCCAGAAUUCGACGAAGAGCUUAAUCUUACAGCCGAACUUUUCUGGGGUCUCAUUGAACUCACCACCGCUCUCCUCGCUUGCUGUCUUCCUACACUUCGUGCGCUUGUCAAGGUACCAUUCGUCAGCAGUACUAUACGCAGUCUGCAGAGCUUCCUUUCUAUUGGCAGCAAGUCUCAGACGUCAUCAAUGGACGCGCCGAAGUCGCCGUCGUUGCUCCAGUUCGAUUCCGCAGUUUCAGAGAAGGGCAGUGGCUACAUCGUCAAGCAAUCGGGUGUUACAGUGCACUCCAGCAGAGCAGACUCUGUGUAGGUACUCGGUAGCGCACGCAGGACGUUCGAGAUUGCAACAUUGCGGACAGACGGUUGAAGUGUUAUUGAUUUGCAUUACCAUUCGGAGUAGCAUGAUAC